AGUUGUAUUCUAAUCUGUAGUGUUUGUUGCAGAUAUAGCUUUGACGCUUACGAUCGAAUUUGGGAAGCUCUUCAACUUCCAGAAUGGGAUAUUGUUACCACAAGACGGGAAGUCGACAGAGAUAUCGAGAACGACUUUUACCCACCAACUCUUGCUAUGGGGACGGCAGCAACGCCACUGAAUUCUACUACCUGGACUCUCUCUUGGGGACCUGCAGAUCCCAAUAUUGACUACCAUACCUACUUGUAUUUUGCUGAAAUAGUGAGCCUUUUGCCUAAUCAGACCAGAAAAUUUGAUGUUAUCAUUAAUGGUGAAACGACCUCCUGGGAGGAAUUGGAGCCAGAGUAUUUGACCACUUUUGUGAUGGACGACAAGCGAAUGGCUAGCAAUUUUAACUAUACAUUGCGUCAAACCAACAAUUCGAGAUUGCCGCCGCUUAUUAACGCGCUUGAGGUUUAUGCUGCCAAACGGUUCUUCAAGGUUCAUACUGAUGAAAAUGAUGUUGAUGCAAUAAUGGACAUUAAGAAAACUUAUGAUGUGAAGAAAAACUGGCAAGGAGAUCCAUGCUUGCCAAAAGAUUACACAUGGGAAGGUCUUCGCUGCAAUUACAGUUCCAGCAGUUCCACACGAAUUAUUGGCUUGGACUUGUCCUCCAGUGAAUUAAGUGGGGAUAUUCCAUCUUCUCUAUCAAAUCUAACUGCUUUACAGUACUUGGAUCUAUCGGACAAUGAUUUAACAGGUCCAAUACCAAGUUCUCUUGCUGGAUUUGCGUUCUUGAGAUUCUUAAACUUAACUGGAAACAAGUUCUGGGGUUCAGUUCCUCUUGGACUUGCUGAAAAGGCGAAUAAUGAAACCUUGUUGCUCAGCCUAUACUGGAGUAACACACCUACUUUCAACAGCAUGGAUGGAUUCGUACCCCUCAUUAAGAAUCAUUGUCAAUCAGCUCAAUGUACAAAAAAGAAGCUUUCUAUUCCAAUAGUUGCAUCAGUAGCUGUACUGUUGAUGCUCUUGAUUGUGGUAAUCACCAUCUGUUACUUCACCAAACGCAAAGGGGAUAAAAGGGUCGAUUCUUUUGACUCAAGAAGCCAACGUUUUUCAUACACUAAAAUAGUGAGUAUGACCAACAACUUUGAGAAGAUUUUAGGCAGAGGUGGAUUUGGAUUAGUAUACCAUGGCUACUUGGACAACAAAGAAGUUGCUGUGAAGAUGCUUGCUGAGACAGGAUACAAGGAAUUUCAGAUUGAGGCUGAACUAUUGGGAAGAGUUCAUCACAGAAACUUGAUUUCACUUGUUGGGUAUUGUUAUGAAGGUGCUUAUAUGGCGCUUGUGUACGAGUACAUGGAAAAUGGGACUGUAAAAGAGCAUCUCAAUGGUACAAAAUCAUUGACUUGGAUAGAGAGACUUCAGGUGGCCCUGAAUGGAGCAGAAGGUUUGGAUUAUCUGCAUAAUGGUUGCACGCCACCUAUUGUCCACAGAGAUGUUAAGAGUACCAACAUCUUAUUAGAUGAUAACUUCCAUGCAAAACUUGCCGAUUUUGGAAUUUCUAGAGCUUUUUCUGUAGAUGAGAGCUCUUUCGUGUCAACUGCAGUUGUUGGCACUAUCGGUUAUCUUGAUCCAGAGUAUGCUCAUUUACAGAAAUUGCAUGAAAAGAGUGAUGUUUAUAGCUUCGGAGUAGUGCUUUUGGAACUCAUCACAGGGCAGCCUCCUGUGAUAACAAGCAAGAACUGUCACAUAACUCAAUGGGUUGGUAAUUCUCUUACUACUGGGGAGUUUGCCGAUGUUAUUGACCCCAUGCUAGAUGGAACCUAUGAUAGUGAAUUGGUGGAAAAAUAUGUAAGAUUAGCAAUCAGUUGUUGCUCACCCUCUUCUGCUAAUAGGCCAACCAUGCAUUAUGUGUCUAGCAGACUGGAGGAAUAUUUAGAAGCUGCAACAGAGGCUACUAAAGGCAUAAUGGUUUAUUUAGAAGAUUCAACCACAAUCCCUGUGCUUCUUGAUAGCAAGUUCUCAAGCAAAUAUUAAUUUUAAUUAUUUACAGGAGUCUGCAAUAUAAGGACUUGCUUUUUGAUGCAUUUUUGUUAAUUUUUUUCUUUUUUAUCCAUCUCUUUUGGCCUGUAAUUUGUACUAGUGGGCAGC